CAAUGAACCACCUAGCUAUGGAUGCUGCCAACGAGUCUUCAGAGGGAGCCCCAUUUAUCCUAUUGGGUCUGACAACAAGUCAUGGGCAGCGGUGGCCUCUCUUUGUGCUGUUCUUGGUCUUGUAUGUGGCAGGCAUCCUGGGAAAUGGACUCAUUGUGGCUGCCAUCCGGGCCAGUCUAGCCCUUCAUGCACCCAUGUACUUUCUGCUGGCCCAUCUGUCAUUUGCUGACCUCUGCUUUACCUCCAUCACUGUGCCUAAGAUGUUGGCCAACUUGUUGGCCCAUGACCGCUCAAUCUCUCUGGCUGGUUGCCUGACCCAAAUGUACUUCUUCUUUGCCCUUGGUGUAACUGAUAGCUGCCUCCUGGCUGCCAUGGCCUAUGACCGCUAUGUGGCCAUCCAGCAUCCCCUCCACUAUGCCACAAGGAUGUCUCGGACUGUGUGCACAGCCAUGGUGGGAACUGCAUGGCUGGUAUCCCACAUCCACUCCCUCCUGCACAUUCUGCUCAUGGCCCGCCUGUCCUUCUGUGCCUCUCACCAAGUGCCCCACUUCUUCUGUGACCACCAGCCUCUAUUAAGGCUCUCAUGUUCUGACACCCGUCAUAUUCAGUUGCUCAUCUUCACCGAGGGUGCUGCAGUGGUGGUCACUCCCUUCUUGCUCAUUCUCGCCUCCUAUGGGGCCAUCACAACUGCUAUCAUCCAACUGCCCUCAGCCUCUGGGAGGCUCCGGGCUGUGUCCACUUGUGGCUCCCACCUGGCAGUGGUGAGCCUCUUCUAUGGGACAGUCAUUGCAGUCUACUUCCAGCCCACAUCCCGAUAUGAGGCAGAGCAGGGUCGUGUGGCCACCGUCAUGUACACUGUAGUCACCCCCAUGUUGAACCCUGUAAUCUACAGCCUCCGAAAUCAUGAUGUACAGGGGGCACUCCGAGCCCUGUUCACUGGGCGACGGAUCUUGGCUAGUGAAUCCUGAGGGCUGGACUCCAUCAAAGACAGAUUUUGCAUCAUCC